UUAAAGUCAAGAAGAGCCACUCACACUAUUCUAUCACAAACACAACAAACAUCCAAAAAUUAACAUAUAUUUAUAUAUCCAUAAUACUGUAAUAUAUACAUACAUAUAUACAUAUUUCUCAGAUUAAUUAGAGCACAAACACACCUAAGAACACCAAAAUUAUCCAAUGAAGAAAGCUCAAAUCAUAAUAAUCCCAACACCUGGAAUUGGAAACCUUGUCCCAGCAGUUGAGUUCGCUCAACACCUAACCAACACAGACCAACGAUUCAUAGCCACUAUUUUCAUUAUCAGCUUUCCUCAAAGACCACUCGUCGGCGCGUAUGUUGACUCACGCGCCACCACCGCCACCGGAAGCGUCCGUUUCGUCCACCUACCACCCCUGGACCCACCCUCACCCGAUCAGUACAAAGCCCCCCUGGGCUUCAUUUCACUCAUGAUAGAGAAACACAGACCACACGUAAAGCAUGCGAUCAACAACCUCGUAUCAACCGAGUCCGAGUCUGACUCGGUCCCACUCGCCGGGUUAUUCGUCGACAUGUUCUGUACUUCGAUGAUUGAUGUUGCCGGUGAAUUGGGUGUCCCCUGCUAUCUUUAUUUCCCGUCUCCGGCAACUUUUCUCGGCUUCAUGCUCCACCUACCAACUUUACAAACCCGAGUCACCACCGAUUUUGAUGACUCGGAUACUGAGUUCACCAUCCCGGGUUUUGCCAACUCAGUCCCCUCACGAGUCUUCCCUCCAGCAAUGUUGAAGAUAAAAGAGGAUGGCUACUAUUGGUUUUUACACCAUGGAGGCAGAUACAGGGAAACAAAGGGUAUUAUUGUAAAUACGUUUCGAGAACUCGAACCGUACGCUCUUGACACGUUUUUGGAUGGUGAUGUACCACCCGUUUAUCCAAUCGGACCGGUUAUCGACCACCAUGGACCGGGAAGAUGGCACUCGGACCUGGCCCACCACGACGACAUCAUGAAAUGGCUUGAUCCCCACCCUCCAUCAUCGGUUGUUUUCUUAUGCUUUGGAAGCAUGGGCAGUCUAAGUGGGGCCCAAGUGAGAGAAAUCGCAACUGGUUUGGAGCGAACCGGGUACCGGUUCGUGUGGGCGAUUCGCCAACUACCCAAAGGCACACUGGACCUCCCAACUGAUUACAUGGAUCUCAAGGAAAUAAUGCCUGAUGGGUUCUUGGAACGGACGGCUGGGAUAGGAUUGGUGUGUGGAUGGGUUCCACAAGUGUCCAUCCUGGCCCACAAAGCCAUUGGUGGAUUCGUGUCACACUGUGGUUGGAACUCGAUUUUGGAGAGUUUGUGGUAUGGUGUGCCGAUUGCAACUUGGCCGGUGUACGCGGAGCAGCAGAUGAAUGCCUUUGAGAUGAUGAAGGAGUUGGGAUUAGCGGUGGAGAUCAGUUUGGAUUACAGGGCGGGGAGUGAUUUGGUGUUGGCGGAGGAGGUGGAGAGAGGUGUGAGGCGCUUGAUGGACGGUGAUGGUGAGGUCAGGAUCAAGUGGAAAGAGAUGAGUGAGAAGAGCAGAAAGGCUGUGAUGGAAAAUGGAUCAUCUUUUACAGCGCGGAGGAACUUGAUUGGGGAAUUAAUGGCUGCGAUUUGAGGAAGAGUCCAAAUUGGGCCCACUUUGCCUUCAUUUAUUUAUCUAUUUUGGGAUAAAUAACACUGUCUUCCAAAUUUGCAAUGAAGUAGGAAGAGUACUACUUUUUCUUUUUCUUUUUAUUUUUAUUUUUUUCGUCUAGCUUACCAUCUCUUAGGUCUAUAUUCUCAAGCUUGUGCGCGUCCCAAUCCUUGUAAGAAAGUAUUGAUCAAUAUUAUUACCAAUUGUUUUUGGAAAAUAACAUAUUAUUAA